UUUUUACGAUUCAAGGGAAGACGCAGAUUAUAAGUAAGAAUUAACAGUAGAAUUAACAUUUUGAUCUUAUACUCGAGUUCUCGUUCUUCUAUCGAAAGGAGUGAGAGAAAAACGAGACGACGCUUCUCCCUGCACUCCUCUGCGGAAUGAUUUUUCAUUGAUGAGCCCCAUCGAGGCGUCGGAGUUGGCUCGUAAAGUAUACUCCUCGCGGAGAAAAUAUUAAUUAAAUGUAUCAGGACGUUAAAAUACAAGCUUGUUAUUACGCAGUAGUCUUAUCGGAGAGAAUUCAAGGCGGACACCGCAACAUCGCAAAUUCAUCACUCUCAUUAACGUUUAAUUGCAUCCUUUAUCGUCUUAUGUAAAGCACCAGCGAAUUGGUAUGCAAAAGCGUAUUUUUAACGCAGGUGGUUUUAGGGAAAUUGGAACUGAUUUGCAAAUUGAGCCUCUUAACUCGCUCUCCGAUCAUCUAAAAAGUAUUCAGACUCGUAUAGAAUGUUAUAUUCAUAACGCUCUAUAAAAGUGCUUGUCUCUAUUUAUUAUAUUCUCUACAGUACUCAUAGGCGAUAUUUUUAUCUUUCUGCGUUACGCAAUUGCUUUUGUGUUUAUUAUCGCGAAGAUCCAUUAUAAUUAUAUAAUUAGUUAUUAUACCUGUUCUUAUUAUCUUCCUCUUAUUAUUAUAUCGCUUCUACUUAAUUAACAUAUUGCUAAUUCUCGCAAUGUUGUGAUAAGACUCGUUACUUUUUCAGAAUUCACUUAUAAAUUCGCUGCGAGUGUACGAUCUGUCCGACCGAUUAUCUUAUCGCUCCGAAAGUGAUAUUAUACUUCAGAAGCGGCAGUAAUUCUUAUCGCCCCCAUAAAAAUUUCCGGAUUUAUAGUACCAUUCUCGGCUCUGCGGAUCCAAUUAGAUUCCGCAGUAUCUCUCAAUGGGAUUUCAGGCGAGCACGUUAGAUAAUUGGUCCCGCUUUCCGAUCCUUCCAGAUGCAAGAUGAAUGGCGAAUCGUGAGCGCGCCAUAGAGACGCCAGGUCGGCAUAGAAAUGGGGAACAACGGCAGCAGCUCCCAUCAAUACUGCGCGUCCAACGGGCCGUCGCAGGAGAUUGCCGGACGCGGGUGGACGCAGUCCUUCCCCCGGGAGCUGGGCAGGCAUCAUCCUCAGCAGCCGACGGGGCACAAGGUCCUGCCGGAGCCGCCCAAUCAGCGGUUACGCGCCACCAAUAAUGGAAACAUCAUUCACAACGGGGGAACCAUAAGCGGUCGCAGGCCGCCGGCCCUCACGCUUCCGCACGACCUUAAUAAGCAGGGAAUAUUUCGCAGCCGCAGCACCUCGGCGUCGAACAUCGGCGCGUCGCGCGGCCGCAAGCUCGAGCAUCAUUGCUGCUAUUACGGAAACGGAUCGAGAUGCUGCAUGGAGAACGAGAUGCAGGAGCUCAAGAGAUUCGGCAGCGAGCCCGAUCUGCGGUACUCGCCUAUGGGGCGGGAGACGGCGCGCUGCAACGGGCAGCAGCAGCAGCAGCAGCAGCAGCAGCAGCAUCAGCACGCGAUGGAGCAUCGACAUUGCGGAAGUGGGCAUUAUCCCGAGCGAGAGUGCAGAGAGCGAGAGAGCCGAUACAAAGGCAAGAAGAAGUAUAAGGCACCACCGCCGCCGUUGAACGGCGUCAUCGACGGGUCCUCCCCAGACUCAUACAGGAACUAUAUCUCUAGGUAUCCAACGGAAUCCAAUCAGGAUCGACCGAGCGGUUGCCGCGGCGAGGAAGAGAUUCAACCACCGCCGAGGCGAUCGCGUCUCUUCAAGACGCGAGCGGAAACGAAGAGAGCGCAGGUCAACUGGUUAUCUUCCUCCUCGUCAUCGCAGACUCAUGCCAUCGCGGAACGCUGCGAGAACGGCGGCGGCGGCGGCGGCGGCGGCGGCUUGGAGAACGAGCGACGAUGGCGGGGCGAAGACGGGCGUGCCGCCAACAAGGAGAACAGACUCGUCUGGCGCGAUCAGAGCAACCAUCCGCAUCAGGAUCGCUGGUGCCGAGACGAGCAUAGGCGUUCGCGGAUCUUCGAUGGCAAGAACACGUUGCAGAGGAGCAUGAGCAGCCCGGAGUUUCAAGCGGAGUUGAUGCAGGUAGCCAGGAAAGUGCGCAACAAGCUCAAUUGCGGCGGCAGGUCCUCUGUCGAGUCGAAUCAGGAGCGCAACAGCGACGUCGAUCGAUGCGCGAAGGAGUCGAAGACCGAAGACGCGAAAAGGCCGGAAAAACGAUCGGCGAAAAACGAGGAGAGUUGCCCCGAAGAGCGCGUGAUUGAGGACAAGAUCACCGAAGAGAGGCGGUUGACCGAUCGUUGCGGUCGAUCCGAAAAUAAACAUAGCUCGUAUGACGAGCGCAAAGGGAAUGCUCGCGAUUCCGGAAGGACCAAGGAUUACACGGAGGAGAGGCAAGCGGAGGCAGUAUCAGGUGGAAAAAGACGGCUCGUCGAGAAAUCGACAACGUUCGACGAAUCUUCCGCGGUGCAUCCGAAAGAUCCUCUUCGGAAGACUCCCAAGGAUCGCUUGGACGCCGUUGGGCACUCUUUGGAGGAGAGGUUUCCAUCGGAAAAGCAACGGAGGGAUCUUCUCGAGGACUAUCAGCGAGCAAAGAGCAUUACCAAGAACCGGAAAUACGAAAACGUGGCGGAUUCGGGGAGAACCAGGUCGGAGAGUCCGGUGAGGCCCUACAUUAGGACCACAGAUCCUCGCGGACAGGGAUCCGGGAGGGAAAGCACGCCCGAGCGAACGAGCGAGGCCAAAGAGAGAGAAAAGGAGAAAGAUUCCGAUCGUAGAUGGCGGAAGAGCGAUGCUAGGAAUACUGAUGGCGCACCAGACGAGAAGAGAUGGCCCUGCGAACCUGUUCCCGGUUCCGCGACAGCGGAGAAGAAAGACGCGAAAUCCAAAGAGAAGCUCGCGAGGAAACCAGAAGCCAAGGAAGUCGUCCGCGAGAAAAAUUGGCACGUAUUACCGUUGCCAGAGAAAUCUGCACCGAAGACCUUCUAUUUCGGCAUGGACGAAGCGUUGUCGAAUGAGUCGCGGAAUUGUGUGGACCAGCACAUGGAACAGAUCCAAUCUAGGCUGCAGAUUAGAGAGAUCAAUGGAUCGAUCGAGUGUCACGACUAUACGGAUGAUAAUAAAAGCGGAAUUGAAGACAUCUCAUUAAAAUUGCGACCCACGUUACCCAAGAAGCAACUGGAGAUUCCGCGAUUUUCGCCAUCGGCAGCGUGGAGACUAUUGUCAGCGCUAGAAGCACCUGGGCCAACUAUGAGCACGGCGAGCGAGGAAGUUCCGGUGAUGUUCGAGGAGCGUAUCGAACGUUUGUCGAGGCCGCCCCCGCCGCUGAUCGCGCUCGGUCCGCGAAGCUCCCACGAUAAGUCGGGCGAUUCCGGCAUAUCCGGGGAUGCCGGUGCGGCCAACGACGAUUCGUUGGAAGUCAGCACCAACACCAAUAACAACCGAUUGAAGACGCAGACGACGAGACCGACGUGGACCCCGCAGCAGGAUCUAGGCGAGGAGUCCAGUAGUGACGCUGGAGUGGAUUCACCACCACCGAUGCCGACCCCGGUGAAAUUUCCGCCGAGAGCGCACGUGUUUUCGUUAUCAUUACCGCGCGACGAUAAUCGCAUGUACCUGUACAAUCCGGAUUUGAAAAACAAAGAGGGUUCGACCUUCAACUCGCUGCAAAAACUAAAGAGAUCGGUGUCGGGUGCCCUCGGACUCGGACCGUUGGACAUAGAAAGGAAACGCACUCGCGACGUCCUCGAUGAUAAUUGGCUAUUGUCGACAAGUGCUCCCACAUCGCUGCAGCAUACUCAGAUUACGGAUGCGACGCGAUCUUCGCCGCCCGGCUGGAAGCCGGGUUUUGAUGACGAGGAUGAUGACGAUGAAGUUUUGGUAGAAGACCUGGAGGAUCGCGGUGAUUUCCCCGUGAUCAUGAAGCCACCAUCAUUCUCGUAUUUGGCUUCCGGCGGUCAUGUAAUGUAUCUGCCCGAGUCCAAUGACUCUCAGUAUCAGUCCCAGAGUUUAAAUUAUAGAAACAUGGCUGCAGAUAAUGAAAAAAAUUCUGGUAACAGUUCCGGAUUAAAAUAUCGUAAGAACGGUGUGGAUGAAUUCAGGAAACUAAACAAGGACUCAGAAAAGACAAACAAGCACUCCAAAGAACCGAUCAUUUUGAAAGAUAAGCCUUUCGCGAAUGAUGGAAAGGUGAAUAAUAGGUAUUCCAAAUCAUGCGAGAAUGUUUCCGAGAUGAAACAACGAAGUACUUCGCCCAUUGAUCAACAGAAUCUACAAGAUGACAUCAAGGAGGAUGCGUCGGAAGUUAAACCACCAUUGAAAAACAACUCGAAGGGUCGUAGGUUUACAUUCCAGAGCACUGUGCGGCAGAUUGAGAGGCGCAGGCUAGCGGAAAAGCUAUCGCGGGAGGCGGAAGCCAAAGAAAGACAGAGGAAAGGUGAGUUGGAAGCGAUGCGUAAGGUAGAGGAGGAGUUCCAGCGAAAACGAGCCAGAGAGAAGGCGAACAUCAGGCAGCAACUUCGCUUGUACAGCAUGGAUGAAAAUCUAAACAGCUUGCCGACUGUGUGGGAUAAUUCGCAGUUAUCUCGGGCAGAUCCGGAUGGCGCGCCAUCGUCAUCCGCGUCAUCACCCACGUCGGUCCCACCGGCGAAACUUACAACCGUACGAAAGAAUAGCGUCAGCAGCGAUGAAUAUCUACGUAAGAGAGCGCCCAGCGUGGAUUCUAGACAGCAACAACAUCAACAUCAACAGCAACCGAGGGAGUACAAAGAUUACCGGCCAAAAUAUUACGACUGGGCGCCCACCGAGUCGUCAUCGUCACAUCUGGAGUACAAGCAGACCACGGUGCAUCCUAAGGUGGUAUGCGACAUUCCCAAGAGCUCACCUGUCUUUGUGGACGCGCAUUCGAACGUCGGCAAAACUGCGAAUCUCAGCUCUACACCCAGAUCCGACAAUUACAGGAAAGAUUUUGCUCAUGGGGCUGUGGCGGCGAGAUCCUCUUUAGCGAGCAGCGACAGCGAGCUAUCGCAACCGAAUACAAGACCACAUUCCAGACAAGCUGUCAGCAAGAGCAAGCCUCUACGGUCUAGGUCGGCUAGCCCAACACGCAGCGAGGAAGCCGCCAGCACGGAGGACGAGACCCCGGUGGAGCCGAUCAAACAAGAGAGAAACCCUAUAAACGACUUCGUAUUGAACGGAGUGCAGCCUUUCGUGAGGGAGAAGAGCUAUCGACCCAUUUCUUUCAAUCCCCAACCGCCUCCGCCUAUUCCAAGUUAGAAGCCGUACUGCGGAUCUUAAACAGUACUGUAGAUCUUAACAAAAUUUUGCGCAAAGAAAAUCUGAUGUACAUCAUCAACAUACUUUCUGAUGUACGCGAUAUGUUGAAUCUGGAAAGUUUGUUUUGCGAUACACGUCCUAAUAUAUAGGCAAUACAAAGUCCAAAAUCAAGCAUACGAGUCCACGUAAAAUUUCGACAUUUCGCGUACAUCAAUCCGUUGAAUACUAAGACUAAGGCUAAGUGGCACAUAGAGAGAAAAACGUAAGUGAUAAGACUUAAGCAAUGAGCAAAUUAAUGAAUCGUAGAAUCUAGAAUUUUAAAUGAUAAUUCAGUCUUAUCUUUGAUCAUCCUCGAUUGGCUGAUUCUUUUAUCAUUAGAAUCUUACCGCUCACGUUUUUCCACUAGCCGGAGGAUUUUUAAGGAACUUUACAACAAGGAAAAUUUACAAACGGAGAUUUUAUACCGAUUUACAAAGAGAAAUAGUUUUUUUUAUACUUUAUUUAGAGAUCCUCUCCGCGAGAGUUUUGCGUGCGUGUGUGCUCUCUGCGAGUGUACACAACGAUCGUAUCGUCGUAAGCGCGAUCGUCUGUCGUGCGCAGCAUCAUGUACGUGAAACUAAAUGUCGAGUAAUAUACCAUACGCGAUGUGUAACAAGUAACACGAGCUAACUCCUAACCAAAUGUGUUCCGUACGGCUCUCGGUACGUUCAUCUAUUUAUGUUUGUCGUAAGUAUUAACAAAACAGAAGCGGAAUCAAAGAUCCAUAAGCUUAUCGCGCGCGACGCGACGCGACGCGAUGCGCGUCGUUUAUAGCCAGUUGUAAAAGCGCGCGUCGCGUGGAAAAUACCAAUAAUACCGGGUAUGUAAUACAUUUACUCAAACUUACAGGUUUAGGGCAGUAUCUUGUAAUUAUGUACAGGUAACAACUGCAGGCGAACUGCAAAUAUUUGCUCACGUAAUGUAAUCAAACAAAAGAUAAUGUUGUUAUUGAC